AUUUGUAAACAAUGCGAAUUUUUUGUGAUCUUUUGAUUUUCAGCCUUAGUCUUCGUUACUCCACCUACGCAACUCCUGUCACCGAACAAUUACCAGCAAAUAAUGAAAUUCCAGUUACUGAGGAAGUAAGCGGCGUUGAUGACUGGUUCAACUAUGACGGACGAAUCAUUGGUGGUUUGCCCACUUCCAUACUCAAUUUUCCUUACCAAGUAUCGGUACUGUACAAAGGCCAGCACACUUGUGGCGGUGCCAUCAUACGACCGAAUGUCAUCAUCACAGCAGCCCAUUGCGUUGAACCAACGAUGACGGUGAAUGCAUUUAAAGUGCGCGCCGGCUCCGCGCAGUACGCCUAUGGCGGUCAACUGCGUACCGUGCAGCGCAUUUUUAGGCAUGAGGGUUACUCUUCCACCACCUACAACUACGACGUCGCUCUCAUGCAACUCGAACGAGAUUUGAUAUAUUCAAAAGCGGUGCAACCAGUACAAUUGGCAGCGUCGAAUGCACUUUUGUCUGGACAAGCAAAGUUAUUUGUCAGCGGUUGGGGUCUCACCAGCGAGACAGGCUAUGUAUCGUCUGUGUUGAACUACGUGGAUGUGAAUGUGAUCCGUCAGGAGACGUGCGUGCAGAAUUACAAAUAUGUAGUGCCCAUUACGGCGGAAAUGUUUUGCGCUGGGUAUAGUCAAGGUGGCAAAGACUCGUGCCAGGGUGAUUCUGGUGGUCCACUGGUCGCAUACUAUCACGGCGUGGCAACACUGUACGGCAUUGUGUCGUGGGGUGUGGGCUGCGCACAAAAAGAAUAUCCCGGUGUCUAUGCUAAGGUGUCCGCGUUGAGGCCGUGGAUUGAUGGGAAGUUGGCGAACAUUGGCAAAUGAAGUGGAAAUUUACUGUGAAGGCUGAUGCUGAAUAAGUAGUUGCAAUAAAAAUUGUAAUUUAAGAAAAUACUUUGUAGGAUAAGAUUUUUCAUUAAAAACGCUCGAACUUAGAAACUGAAUUAAACAAACACAAUAAAACAAACGCAAUAAAGU